CAUUCCUCUGCUCGGAUAGCUCUUCGGCAGAUGGGCAAGCCUCUGCUAGACUGCGUUCGAUAGUCUUUCGGUGCAGGUUGUCCCGAAUGAGAUCGCGGCUCUUGCGUGGUGCGAUGCAAGUCGUACGUUCGACGAAAACCAUGACCUUGGCACGUGUUAUCAUCUCGUACUAGCAUCGUCGGCUUCCAAAUCUCAAAAGACACCAGUAAUAAGAACUUGUCGGCCGUAUUUCUACGUUCAGCAAGACAGCCUACGCGGUUCGGUAGAACGAACCGCGAAGAGGCAUCAUACACUUCAUCGUGUUGUGGUAGUGCGCCUUCUCAGCAAGCCUCAGCAUUCUCAUAUCGCCAAGUUCGAGCUUCUACAGUCAGUCUGCAGUCUCUGUCUACGUCUGGACUUGCUCGCCACAUCACACCGAGUACCUCCAGUAUGGCACUUCGAGUCACACGUUGUGGCAUACAUGCCUUUCACGAAGUUCUUGGCAUCGAUACCGACAAAAUACGAUUCUUCUGGGUCUUACAAUCAUAUCUUCCCGAUGGUCAGCAAACAGCAUACCGCGUUGAGUUAUCCACAUCACAGUCUUUCAACACACUUUCAUGGGAUUCGACUAAGGUCGAGGGAAACCAACAACGCAACAUUCUUUGCGCUCCACAAGGCGGCUUCCAAUCCACGACCUUCCACUAUUGGAGGGUGACUGUGUGGGACCAAGAUGGUAACACAUCACAAAGUGCCAUCAAUGAGUUCUUCACCGCAUACCCAAGGUCAAGUGGCUUGCUUCCUCCAUACAGCAUGAACCAGACCUACAUGCCUCACACUAGCCUGAUCUUCCGCACCUGGUUCGAGGAUGAGGCCAAUCGGUGGAAAGGAGUAUGGAUCGGCGACAAUGGGGACAAGCCAGUCUACGUACGCAAAGCAAUCCAUCUAGACCGAAAGCCGUCCCGUGCUAUUGUAUUCGCCAGUGGCCUGGGCCACUUCAAUUUCGUUUGUAACGGCGACCCCUCGGCGGCAAAUGGCCACAAGCUUGACCCUGGUUGGACCAACUACCACCGCACGGUCCAGUUCACUGCGUAUGAUAUCUCCAGCAUGCUGCAGCAGGGUGAGAACGUGCUGGGCGCUCACAUUGGCAAUGGCUUCUACGCCGGAGACCAAGGCGACGACCGUUUCUUCUGGCCUUGCUAUGAAGACAACACAUAUGUGCGAUAUGGCAACGAGCUAUGCUUCUUCGCUGAGCUGCACCUCUUCUACGAGGAUGGGAGCCGCGAGACCAUCACCACGGGGCCUGAUUGGAGCAUACGCAAGAGCGCAACGACACUGGCAAACAUCUACUCAUCUGAGACCAAGGACCUUCGUGCUUACCCACAUGGAUGGGACACACCAGGCUUCAAUGAAGAUGACCAGUGGAAGAAAGCUACGCCUGUUACUGGCCCUAGAGGCAAGCUGAAGUACCAGAACCAGCCUCCAGUCGUACUGCACGAGACCUUCACGCCCAAAACGCAGAAGACACUUGAGCCAGGCAUCGUCGCCUUCGACAUGGGCCAAAACAUGACGACGAUGAUCAAGAUCCAGGUUCAAGGACCUGCAGGCUCCGAGGUUAUCGUCCGGUUCUCAGAGACAGUCGGCGACAAUGGCAAAGUACUCAUGCCAGAUCCGCUCUUCAAAGCAUUCGAGACAGGUGUGUUCUGCAAAUUCACCCUCGCCGGCACCGGCAUUGAAACCUGGGAGCCCGAUUUCUGCUUCACAAGCGCACGCUACAUCCAAAUCGAAGGCGUCGCUCUGGAGUCGGACAAAUCUUGCACCCUGCCUACCAUUGUCUCCCUCGAAAGCCGCCACAUCUCCUCCGCCGCCCGCCGUCUCGGCACCAUGACUACCGACAAAGAAGACUGCAACCAGCUGCUCAACAUGUGCUACUGGUCUUUUGUCUCCAACCUAUUCAGCUACCACACCGACUGUCCGCAAAUCGAAAAGUUCGGCUGGCUCGAAGUCACGCACCUGCUUGCGCCCGCAACCCAAUACAUUCGGGACAUGGAAUCUCUGUACAGCAAGAUCCUCGACGACAUCGUCGACGCGCAGGAACCCAAUGGCUUGUGUCCCACCAUGGCGCCUGAGAUACGGUAUAUGUGCGGACCUCUGCACGACACGAUAACAUGGGGCGGCGCGGUGGCGCUGCUACCUGAGAUACUGAGGUUCUACUACGGCACCACGCAAGUCUUCGAGAAGCUGUUCGAGCCCUGUGUACGGUAUAUGGAGUACAUAGCCACCAAAGAGCGCGAUGGCGGAUUGAUCGAACACGGUCUCGGCGACUGGGGGCGCGAUAUAGCCUUUGGCAACAAUCAAGCCAAUAUCGAGACGGCAAUCUACUACCGCUGCCUGCGCAACAUACAGGGCAUGGCCAAGGAACUGAAGAAGGCGGACCAGGAACAGCGGUUCAAGGCGUGGGCAGACCGUAUCUUCGCUGUCUACAAUAAGCACCUGCUCGUCACGGAGAAGAAGAAAUAUCCCUACGCAUUCUACACGUCCCGCGACGCACCCGGCCUCCAAGACAGGAACAUGGUCGCGCAAGCCUUUGCGCUCCAAUUCAGCCUCGUCCCCACCGAACACAUCGCCGACAUCCAAGCCGCCUUCCUCGCCGACUGCUCCGACGCCGGCAAUCGUAUCCAAGCCGGCGAAAUCGGCCUCAAAUACCUCUGGAACACGCUCACAGACGUUGACCGCCCAGACCUCGUGCUCGAAAUGGCGCGCCAGGAGGAACACCCCUCUUACAUGCGUUUCCUGCGCCGGGGCGAGACGACGCUGAACGAGUUCUGGCAGGACGCGUGUCGGAGCAAGUGUCACGAUAUGCUUGGGACGAUAUAUGAAUGGUUUUAUGAGGCGGUGCUGGGUGUCAAGUGCGAGACGGAAGCGUAUCGGACGUGGACCGUUAGGCCGCCGCUGAGGAGCGAGUUCAAGCAUGUGAAGGGGGAUGUGGAGUGUCCGUAUGGGAAGAUUGAGGUUGAGUAUGAGCGGGACGGGGAGGUUCAAGGGGUUAAGAUGAAGGUCACAGUGCCGACUAGCACGACUGGGUAUCUCCUGUUGCCGAGGGAGGAGAGCGAGGUUGAUGUCAUGCGGGUGCAGGCGGAGCAAAAUACAGUGACGGAGAAAGGGAGGAGGGUGGCGUUGAAGCCGGGGCGAUAUGAGUUGGUGUUGAGGCCCUGAACGACUGCAAGACCGAUCUUGUAUAACAACAUCUACUUCAAAUAUCGAGCGUGUUGUUGUUGAGACUCUGAGACGGUUGCGACGAAUGCCGUAUCGCGACCACUCCUGCGCCAGGGACGUGACGGUCAUGAGGCCGUUGUAGUUUAGAUAGAGGACUGACAAGAGAAGCUGUGGCGUGUUGGCAACGACGACAUUGCUGAUCAAACCAGCUACGCCUGAUGUUGGGAGCGACCAUCUGAUGAAGGCUCGCGGAUCGACAGAGCCGAGACCCUGUGUAUAGAUGCCAGCUUUAUCACGGUCAUCGGCUUUGUACCAAUAUACACACCGUGCUCGAGGACGAAGAUAGAGACGCCGACCA